AAUGCUAAACUAAAAUGGCUUGGAAAAUAAAACGAUAUGCUAGACAGAAAACGGUCCAUAAAGGGGGUGACACCAUAGAGUGGGAUGAUUUUGAUGACAAGCAGUGUCCUAUAGAUCUGAGAAUUCAGCAAGGAAAUAUGACUCUGAUACAUGGGAAAACUGUUAGGGAGUCCCACGUCUUACCGUCAUCUUCAAAGGCACUCCGAGCCAUUUCUAAAGGCGACACUUUGUUGGUUAUCUAUCGUCUGGAGACCCACACACAUCGAUUUCGUGUUAAGUUUGCCGGAGGAGAAAACUCCUGUCAAGAGUGUGCGGAGCAGUUGUCCGAUUUCUUUCCAGUAAAAAUUUUACCGAUCACUGUUGAAUCUUCCCAGGAAGUAAAGGAGGACAAAAAUGAAAAAGAGGUGAUCGAAGGGGAGAUAACUAUUUCCAAAAUGGCGGAGGUUGUCAACGGAACUGCGUCUGUGAAACUUUCGGCAGCAUAUGACAGAGUCCAAUCGAUGAACGGAACACAAUUAAACACACUCAUCAAAUUAUGUUUGGCUGAUCCCGAGUUUCCGGCGUUCGUGGAAGAAGUCGAAAAGGAAUUAGUCAAAAUCAAAGAAGAAAUGAAGACGUAAGACAAUCACCGAAAGAUCCUAGAUUUCUGCAGGAUUUCUGAUUUGUUGAUGGUGGGUUUCAGCACUAUGGGGAGAUUGCCGUCGUCCUAAACACGUGAUCACAUUGUUGUACUGGUUUAAAAUACAAAUCUGUUAUCGACUCUGAUCUUUUCUACGCACUGUUUUAUUUUUGUUUAUAACGCAACAACAAUUAAUUCAACCUGAAAUGAUAGUUACAAUUACCGAUACUUUUACAAAACAAGAAGUCAACAAUGAAC